CUGCUGAGCCAGCACUUUAUAGCCUAUAUACUCUGUUUAAUCUUUACUGUUUGAGACUUAGCUGUGUCUCCCUCCCUGUUCUUCUUCCUCGUCUUGCUUAGGUGUGAAGAUCACAAACAGCCAAAAUGACUGAGGGAAAGAAAAUGACGUCCAGCCGCAGGCAUCAUCUGAAGAGUUUGAUGCUGCACAUCGCCGCCAACUGGCUCGAGCAGGAGAAGACAGACAUCGCAGCAGCGAAGGAGGCCUACUUGGCUGAGAACUGCCCACCUUCUGACCUCAGCGGAGACCUGGCUGCCCUUACGGACGCCUGCAAGAAGCUUCACGCCGCCAUUGACAAGAUCGACGAGUCGAGAUACGACACCGAGAUCAAAGUGCAGAAAGCCGACAAAGAGAUUGAGGAUCUGAAGCUGAAGGUGAUCGAGCUGGCCGGUGUGAAGAAGCCUGCCCUGAAGAAAGUGCGCAUGUCUGCAGACGCCAUGCUGCAGGCUCUGCUGGGCUCCAAACACAAGGUGACCAUGGACCUGAGGGCCAACCUGAAGCAGGUCAAGAAGGAGGUGAAAGAGGAGCCUGCAGACGUUGGCGACUGGCGUAAAAACAUCGAGGACAAGGCCGACAGGAAGAAGAUGUUCGAGAGCUCCUAAAAGCCGCCUGGAUCGGCGGAGAUGGUGGAGGGCGGCGGGGGCAUUUAAGACUGAGGUCUGAGUGACUGAAGGUGUCUCUGGGUCUCGUCUGGACCCUCAGGGACAAAAGUUCAGACAGUUUCUUGAUGAUUUUUUGGCUGUUUUUGUCACGCUGUCACCCCUGCGCGUCAGAGAGACUGAACCAAAACAAAGUGAAUUUAACUUUGUCUGCAGUUGAAACAUCUGGCAGAGAAACGUCAGUUCAAAAUGUACAGCUUUUCAUGGAAUCGUUAGCAAUAAAAGUUUUGAAAUAAGGA